AAGAAAACCAAACUUGUGUUGAGUUUAAAAUGGGUUUGACUAGUAGAUUUCACGUUCGGGAGCUUCCAAUACUUGUGUCAGGGACAAGCCAACUGUGACCAAUACACGAGUCGCAGCCCUCUUUUGAUGUCAUGUAAGAAAUUCAAUCAGUAUGACGGAUCAACCUUUUCUCCCUAAGACAGGACAAGAGGAAGAGUGUAGCAGGCGGCCAUCAAUAAGGAUUCCACCCGGGUACCUUGAUCUCGGCCCUGCACGACGCCAGUCCACCGCACAUCUCAUCACUAAUGAUGCCAUUAUCCCCAUCAUAACUACACCGAAUUCUUCCUCCUAUGUUAACCUCAUUGCCAACUUGAACAAGAAGAGAAAAAUCACUCGUCGCUCGUAUUCUGCACCAUCUGUUUUCACUGAUGUUAGGGAAGCUUUUCAAGAUUCCAGUGAGCAGAGGCCGUCGUCAAAAUCAGCACCUUUCAUUGUCCGCCAAGCCUUCGUUUGGCUGGUUUUAUACAUAUUAACUGGUAUUUUGAUGUACAUGGCUAGUGCAAGUUUCAAGGGCACCGAGACUUUCAAGCCUGUAGAUGCCUUGUACUUCAUUGUGGUUACUCUCUGCACGAUUGGCUAUGGGGAUAUUGUCCCGGACACAACCUUUACCAAGCUUUUCACCUGCUUCUUUAUAUUGAUUGGUUUCGGAUUCAUUGAUAUUUUGCUAAACGGAUUGGUUACUUACAUUUGUGAUAGACAAGAGGCAGUUCUGCUGAGCACAGUCGAUGAGAAUCGAUUCAACACAAUGGUUCAGACAUACAUGAUAGAUAAAGCAAAAGGAAGAAUGAGAAUAAGAAUGAAAGUAGGCCUGGCUCUUGCAGUCGUCGUCAUCUGCAUCGCUAUAGGGACCAUAGCAGUGCAUUUUCUGGAAAACUUGGACUGGGUUAAUAGUUUUUAUCUCUCUGUUACAUCUGUGACCACCGUAGGUUAUGGUGAUUACGCUUUCAGAACAGUAACAGGGAGGUGUUUUGCAAUCCUCUGGCUACUAGUAAGCACACUCGCUGUUGCCAGGGCAUUCUUAUACCUAACAGAGCUUAGGAUUGACAGGAGGAAUCGCAAAAUUGCAAAGUGGGUUCUUCAGAAGAAGAUGACACUGGAGGAUUUGGUUGCAGCAGACCUUGACAAUGAUGGAUCCAUCAGUAAAUCUGAAUUUGUAAUCUACAAGCUCAAGGAGAUGGGAAAGAUAGCAGAGAAAGACAUCCUGCAGAUCUGCAACCAAUUUGAUGCACUAGACAAUAGCAAUUGUGGCAAAAUUACAGUUGCUGAUCUCAUGGAUAGUGAUUGACUGUAAUGUCAUUUCCAUAUUUUAAAAGGGAAAAAGGCAGGAAUCAUUUCUUGAUUGGAUCUUGACAUGGAGAUGGCCUAAUUGCCAAUCUCUUCAUACUGUACAGAAGCAGAACCACAAAUAGUACAUGAUCAUUUUUUCAACUUGUAUAGAAGCAAGAAGUUAGUGCUACAUCCUUCCUGUAGGUGGAAUAUUAGCUGAAAAUUUAGUAAUUUGAGCAAUUCUUUGCAAGUGGUAACAAAGGGAUCUUCAGUAGUUUUACUUCUA